CCGGUGCAUGUUGUCGGGCAGCGGGACAGAGCCAGCGUCAGCCUGGUAGUUUAGUCUGUUUAUUUAUAUCAAUUUAUAAACACUAUAUAUUAUUAAUUUAAUAUAUUGUAAAAUAAGCUGCUGCUUAUAGGUAGCCAUAUUUGACGCAACCAUGAGAGCGUUUGUGCUGCUGGCAUCGUUGGUUGCACUGGUAUGUGCAGAAUCCACGGUGUAUUUCAGAGAGCAGUUUGAAGAUGGGGACGCGUGGAAGACCAGGUGGGUGGAAUCCAAGCACAAGUCAGAUUAUGGAAAGUUUGUUCUGUCCGCGGGGAAAUUCUACGGGGAUGCAGAAAAAGACAAAGGCCUCCAGACCAGCCAGGAUGCCCGCUUCUACUCCGCGUCGUCGCGCUUUGAGGGCUUCAGCAACGACGGCAAGCCGCUGGUGGUGCAGUUCACCGUCAAGCACGAGCAGAGCAUCGACUGUGGCGGCGGCUACAUCAAGCUCUUCCCCGCCGACCUCAACCAGGAGGACAUGCACGGAGAGUCCACCUACAACAUAAUGUUCGGUCCUGACAUCUGUGGCCCAGGAACCAAAAAGGUCCAUGUGAUCUUUAACUACAAGGGGAAGAACCAUCUGAUCAACAAAGACAUCAGAUGCAAGGAUGACGAGUACACCCACCUCUACACGCUCAUCGUUAACCCUGACAACACUUACGAGGUGAAGAUCGACAACAAGAAGGUGGAGUCAGGGAGCCUGGAGGAGGACUGGGACAUGUUGCCCCCCAAAAAAAUCAAGGACCCUGACGCCAAGAAGCCAGAGGACUGGGACGAGCGCGAGAAGGUCGACGACCCAGAAGAUAAGAAACCAGAGGACUGGGACAAACCUGAAAACAUCCCUGACCCUGAUGCGAAGAAGCCAGAGGACUGGGACGAUGAAAUGGACGGCGAGUGGGAGCCCCCUAUGAUCACAAACCCUGAAUACAAGGGCGAAUGGAAACCUCGCCAGAUCGACAACCCCAACUACAAGGGCAAAUGGGUUCACCCCGAAAUCGACAACCCCGAGUACACAGCAGACCCUGAGAUCUACAAGUACGACAGCAUCGGAGUCAUCGGGCUGGACUUGUGGCAGGUGAAGUCCGGCACCAUCUUUGAUAACUUCCUUAUCACCAACGACCCCAAGCUGGCUGAAGAGGUGGGGAAUGAGACCUGGGGUGUAACCAAGGACCCAGAAAAGAAGAUGAAGGAGAGCCAGGAGGAAGAAGAGAGGAAGAAGCGUGAGGAGGAAGAGAAGAAUAUGAAGGAAGAGGCAAAGGAUGAGGAAGAGGAGGACGAAGAUGAGGAGGAGAAGGAGGAAGAAGAGGAAGAGGAGGAGGAGGAGGAGGAAGACGAAGAGGAAACAGACUCUAACCUCAAGGAUGAGCUUUAAAUGCAAACAUAAACUGAGUGAGAGUUGCCCUGUCUGCUAUGAGCCAUGAGCGGAGUCUGGGGGGCCGA